UAAUAUUGUGCCGGUAAAUGUAGCCUUUGAUGUUUUAUUGUAGAUAUGUCAAGCGAAACGCAAGUUACCCGAAGUGCAUAAAUAACAAUAAUAAUUGAGUGUAUUUUCACACACAUUUAAUGAUAUUUCUGGUUUCUAGAAUAUUUUGACUGUUUCUGCCGACGAUCACAAUGCCUGACAUUCCAACAGUCACGUUCUCUAACGGAUAUAAAAUGCCUAUGUUAGGGCUCGGGACUUACAAAUCCGUGGAUAAAAAUGCAGGAAGAGCUGUUAAGGAAGCGAUAGAUCUCGGAUAUCGCCAUAUUGAUACAGCUUUUUUUUACGGUAACGAGAAAGAGAUCGGGGAAGCUAUUCGCGAAAAAAUCGAAGACGGUACUGUAACCAGGGAAGAUUUAUUUAUUACUACAAAGUUGUGGAAUAAUUGGCACAAAGAAGAGUUGGUUGUUCCGGCUUGUAAAAAAUCAUUGGCCAAUCUUGGUUUAGAGUAUAUAGAUCUCUAUUUAGUUCACUGGCCAUUUGCUUUCAAGGAAGGAGAUAAUUUAAUGCCUACAGAUAAGAAUGGAAAUUUGAUUGAAUCGGAUGUUGAUUACCUGGAAACAUGGAGAGGAAUGGAAGAAUGCGUUCACCAAGGAUUAACUCGUAGCAUUGGGAUCAGUAAUUUUAAUUCCGAACAGAUAAACCGUUUACUUGAAUCGGCUAAAAUUGCACCGGUUAAUAAUCAGAUUGAAGUUAAUAUAAACGUAAAUCAAGAGAAAUUAGUAGAUUUUUGCAAGAAACGCAACAUUACGGUAACUGGUUAUUCUCCUUUGGGACAACCCGGAAAUUCAUCAGGUAUUGAAAACAAAUUAGAUAAUCCUGUGGUGCUGAAGAUCGCAAAAAAAUAUAAUAAGACUCCGGCGCAAGUAGCGCUUCGAUAUGUGUUUCAACACGAAGUUGCACCAAUACCAAAAUCUGUAACUAAAAGUCGAAUUAAAGAAAAUAUGGAAUUUUUUGAUUUUACAUUGACAUCCGAUGAAAUGAACGCUAUCCGAAAACUCGGCACUGGAGAAAGAGUAGCAGGCUUCGCUAUAGCGAAAGAUUUCAAGUAUUUUCCUUUCAACAUUCCAUUUUAAAUGAAAUCAGAAUGAAAAAGAAAGAAAGAGACAUGUAUUUUAUAAAGGAAUAAAAAGGAAUAUACAAAUGAAUAAAACAAAAAAAGAAUUUAUAUGAACAUAAAGAAAACUUUAUCAAAUAAAUCUCUUAUAUAUACAUUUAAGAAAAUAUACUUUCUAAAAUAUAAUUCAAAGAUGUUUUUAAAAUAACUUUAAUAGUCUCUCUCUUUUUUCUUUCGAUAAUCUAGCAAAUUUAAAUGAAAAAUGUCCAAAAAAGAUAUACAUAUUAAUUAAAUCAUAUAAACUUAGAAGAUUUUAUUUAUUAAUUAAUUUAAUAAUGUUUUUCGAAAUUUCUGAUCAAAUAAUGUCAUGAAUUUAUUAAAGUUAGAAACAGGAUAGUUAUGAUACGUGUACAUUACAUACAUCGUAUAUAAUCAUAUUAGUAUCCCUUUUAAAAGAGCACAUGUUCUCACAGUGGUAUUUGAUGCUCGUUUCGACCCUUGGUCUAGCCAAUUACAGCUAUCAACUGCUGCGAAAAAUUUCAAGGUCUGGGCCAAAAUCAUUCGUGUGUAUUUUUGCAUUUGAUUCAUUCGUCUCUCUUUCCGAAUUCCAUUUGAAGCUACACGAUAAAGCACGUCUUAAUCUAUAUUUGCAAAUGUCACGCGUCAUAAUAUUUAAUACACAUACACAUAUACACAUAAAUCGAGAUAUGGAAAUGAUGAAAAAUGGAAUAUCUGAAAAACUUUUGUUUCGGUUAUAUCUGUAUCGUCACGUACAUGUGUACAUUAUACAUAUAUGAAAUAA